AUGUUUGACGACUCAAGUCAAAAUCCUAUCCGAGUCCUCACCAACUGGCAGCUGGAGGAGCUGACCCAAAUCCGCCUCCGGGCUACUGGAAGAGCCCGAGUGCGUCGCGCGGUUAUGGCAGAUGCUUAUCGAAUCAUGCAGCGUCUGGAGGAACAUCUUGCAUCAACCCCUACGGUGGACUUCGGCUUUGAUGAGUGA